UACAAUAUUACAAAACCACCCCUGCUUCCAUUUGCUUCUGGAAUUGCAUCUUCCGUUGAUAAAAACCAGAUCGGAGUACAAAAUAAGCAAUUUUUAAUAAAUUUGCUUUUCAGCUGUUUUUCUGUGUGAUUUUUUUCUAGUUUAAUUUGUUUUAACGGGGAGAUGAAUGGCGGUGAAGGAAUAAAAGAUUUGGAAGUUAAUGGAAAUAAAGAGAAGAAGUGUGAGGUGUUAAUGUGGGGGUAUCUUCCGGGAGCUUCGCAGCUACAGUCUUCGUUGACUUCACCGGUGAGUGUACGGUUUCCGGAAGCGGAGGUCUCCGGGGAUUCGUGGAAGGAUGUUUGUGGUGGCGGUUGCGGGUUUGGUUUAGCUAUUUCAGCCUCCGGAAAACUUAUAACGUGGGGUUCAGCUGAUGAUCAAGGCCAAAGCUAUUUGACCUCCGGGAAGCAUGAGGAGACUCCAGAGCCGUACCCACUUCCAACUAAUGAUCCAAUUCUGAAAGCUGCUGCUGGUUGGGCACAUUGUGUUUCUGUUACAGGUAAAGGUGAAGUGUACACAUGGGGUUGGAAGGAGUGUGUUCCACCUGGAAAAGUUACUUGUAGUUGGACAAGUAUGAAAACCUUUGAAAGGAACAGGUCUGCAAAACAAAGUUCUACACUGACUGAGCAAGGGAGCCCACAGUCUCAAGGUCCAAAACCUUCUGUCGGAUCACUUUCUUGUUCAGAUGAUAAAAACAUUGAAGAUGAAAGUAUAAAGAGAAGAAAGGUAUCAACUCAAGAAGAAUCUGAAAUAUCAAUCCCUGCUGAAGAAACACUUUCAGCGCCACCUUGUCUUGUAAUGCUGGAUCCCCUGGUGAAAAUUACAUCUGUUGCUGCUGGUGGGCGACAUACGUUGGCAUUGUCAGAUGUAGGACAGGUAUGGGGUUGGGGCUAUGGAGGUGACGGGCAGCUAGGUUUGGGCAACCGGGUAAAAACAGUGGCUUCUCCUCAUCUCAUUCCGUGUAUUGAUCCAUCUUCAUGCAUAAAAGACAAACCUGAUGUGGUUCAUCAAGAAAGUGAGAGUGCAGCAGCUCAGUCUCAUAAUUCUGUAGGGAAUUACAUAAGGGCCGUUGCUUGUGGAGGCAGGCACAGUGCAGUAAUAACAGAUGCUGGUGUGCUGAUUGCUUUUGGCUGGGGUUUAUAUGGACAGUGUGGACAAGGAAAUAGAGAAGACCUGCUGAGACCAACUUGUGUGACUUCUCUAUCGGGGACUCAGAUUGAAACAGUUGCAGCUGGGUUGUGGCAUACUAUAUGCAUCUGCAAAGAUGGUUGUGUCUAUGCUUUUGGUGGAAAUCAGUUUGGGCAAUUGGGUUUGGGAACAAAUUCUGAUCAAUGUGAGCUUAUACCUAAGCUUCUGGAUGCUUCAGUUAUGGAGAACAAGAAUGCUAAGGUGGUAUCCUGUGGAGCUCGUCAUAGUGUCAUACUAACAGGUAAAAUGUUAUAUCAGUUUGGAUCUGAUUUCGGGCUCCCAGCAACAUUCCGAGAUGAAGGUAAAAUAUACAGCUGGGGAUGGAAUAAAUAUGGUCAGCUCGGUUUAGGAGAUACAGUCGAUCGAAAUAUCCCUUCGCAAGUUCCGGUCGACAACUACGUCCCUAAGAAUAUUGGUUGUGGCUGGUGGCAUACACUAUCGCUGUGCGAGACAGUCUCCUGAGUUACCAAACAGCUGGUUUAUGUUCGACCCAUGGGUGCGCUGCGCUGAUGCUACUUUGCGCUUUUAAAUGCAGUUAAUUAUCAUCAGAGCAUGUUUAGUAUGUAGUAGUCAAUCAAUCCAUUGUUGUAAACGAGACGAUGUUGUUUUGCAAUUAAUUUUCAGUUAAAAUAUGGAGAAAGUUUGGAUUCGUCUCGAAGUAACAAACUUCUAUGUUGUUCUAAGCCCACGAUUAUAUCUUUUGAACUUUGAAUUAAAAUGUUCUCUUAUAGUCUUAUA